CCCUGGCAACCACUGACCUGUGCUUUGUCCCCGUGAGCUUGACGUUUUGCAGUUAAGUGAAAGGUCCAUCACUGGCCCCUGAGCCAUGGCUGGUCUGUGGAGCGGCCAACCCAGCUGCAUCCAGGCAGUGUUCCGUGAGGCCAGCGCCAGGGCCGGAUUCCAGAAGAGGCAGAGAAACAUGCUCCGUCGCCUCAGGGCAAAUCACAAGAGGAAUCACCUGGACUUUGCUGAAAAAUCCUUUUGUCAUCGGUUUUUAGAUCUUUAUGAUGCCGAUUCAGAAGACCUCCCCGGUCACUCCUCCUGUAGUUUCAACGACUGCUUUCUGGGCAGUGUGAACUGUGACGUGCCUUUGCACACGCUCAAGUCCACGAGUCCAGGGGAGGUGAGCUUAGAAGACCCCCUCUCGGCGAACAUUCCAGUCCUGGUCCUGACGGCCGCCAGCUGGGCCCCUGCAUCCCCGGAGGCCAGCGGCCUGGAGGUGCAGGGGCGGACGGCCAGGCUCCCAGGACCCCCGGAGGACUUGGGGAUGGCGGAGGAGGACUGGGGACCCCACGACGUCGGCAGACACCAGGGCAGAGCCAGAGCAUCACGGCCGCCACCUAGACUCGGGACCGAGAGGGACAGGGGGCCCAAGCUCUCACUCUCCAAGAGGAAACUGGAACUUUUACUUGCAGAGCCUGAGAAAAAUAAGAGAAAGAAGCAGUAUGUGGCCUAGACCAAGGUGAGCGAGGUGGGCGGGGUCACCUGGGAGCGGGUGUGAUGCGUGA